AUGUCAAAGAAUAUUUUAACUACUUCCAACGGUAAUCCUGUUGAAAAUAAUCAAACUUCUCAAACUGCUGGUCAGUGGGGCCCUAUCCUUAUUCAAGACUUUCAUUUAAUUGACAAACUUGCUCAUUUUGAUAGGGAACGUAUUCCUGAACGUGUUGUUCAUGCUAAAGGUGCUGGUGCUCAUGGUUUCUUUGAGGUUACUCAUGAUGUUAGACAUCUUACAAAGGCCAAAUUUUUAAGUCAUAUUGGUAAGAAGACUCCUGUAUUUCUUCGCUUUUCUACUGUAGGUGGAGAGAAAGGUAGUGCUGAUACUGCCCGUGAUCCUCGUGGUUUUGCUAUCAAGUUCUAUACUGAAGAAGGUAACUGGGAUAUGGUGGGUAAUAAUACUCCUGUUUUUUUUAUUCGUGAUCCCUCCAAAUUUCCAGACUUUAUUCACACUCAAAAGAGAAAUCCUCAAACUAAUUGCGUUGAUCCUGAUGCUUUUUGGGAUUUUCUUUCUCUUGUACCGGAAUCCAUUCAUCAGGUUACAAUUCUCUUUUCUAAUCGUGGUACACCUGAUGGUUACCGCCAUCUUAAUGGUUAUUCGUCCCAUACCUUAAAACUUGUUGAUGAUAAUGGUAACUUUAAGUACGUCAAAUGGCAUUUCAAAACAGAUCAGGGUAUUAAGAAUUUGAAGGCAAAAAAGGCUGGUGAACUAGCCGGUUCUGACCCUGAUUAUGCUACUCGUGACCUAUUUAAUGCUAUAGAGCGCGGUGAAUACCCUUCAUGGUCUGUAUAUAUUCAGGUUAUGGAUCCUGAAGAUGCAAAAACGUAUCGUUUUAAUCCUUUUGAUGUUACUAAAGUUUGGCCCCAUAAGGAUUAUCCUCUUCAACCUGUUGGUAAAUUGACGCUGAAUCGAAAUCCUGAAAACUACUUUGCUGAAACAGAACAAGUUGCUUUCUCCCCUUCUCAUAUUGUACCUGGUAUUGAUGUUUCUCCCGACCGUAUGUUACAAGGUCGUCUUUUCUCUUAUCCAGAUACACAUCGCCAUCGUCUUGGUGUUAAUUACGCACAAAUCCCUAUUAAUCAGCCUCAUUCACGUGUCUCUAAUCAUCAACGUGAUGGCUUUAUGUCUGUGUUAGGCAAUGGCGGAUCAGCUCCUAACUAUGAGCCUAAUUCUUCUGGUGGCCCAUACCAAACUAAUAUUGCCGCUACUACUUUUACUGCUGAAGAAGUUCAAGGCUUAACAGGCCGUUUUACAUACGAAUUAAAUGACAACGACUUUGUACAGGCAGGCAAUUUAUAUCGUCUUUUGUCGGCUGAAGAAAAAACUGAUUUGAUUAAUAAUAUUGCAGGCCAUCUUAAGAAUGCUAAAAAACAUAUCCAAGAACGUCAAAUUGGUCAUUUUAAGCGAGCAGAUCUUGAAUAUGGUCAGCGUAUUGAAGAAGCUAUUUUAACUUUGAGUUCUAAAGCCUAA